UAAGCCAUCUUCGCCUCCCCUCCCACAUUAGCCAUGGCUGCUCAACCAAUAGUAGCUCCAUCGAUGAUAAGCGACCCAGAGAGUUCAACAAUACAAGAAGAAUAUGUCCUCCCACCCAAGGAUUUCGUAGCCGCACUUCCAGUAAGAGAGGGGUGGUCUGAACCACUCGUCCAAUACAACAACUACUGGUUCAGACCCAGGCUCCUCGAGCGAAUCCUGCUGGUGAAGCAGGACUUCGUGCCCCGUGCUGACGACAUCAUCCUCGCCACGCAGCCCAAAUGCGGCACCACCUGGAUCAAAGCCCUUGCCUUCACCAUCACCAACCGAUCCUGCUAUGGGUUCGGCGACCACCCGCUCCUCACACGCCACCCACAGCAUGUCGUGCCAUUCAUCGAGAUCCCGGCCGCCGGCCUGAUCCACACCGACAUCCAUACACUUUCGUCUCCGAGGCUUCUCGCCACGCAUGUGCCCAUGUCGUUGCUCCCACCGGACACGAGAUCGGUCGGCUGCCGGGUCGUGUACCUGUGUCGGGACCCCAAAGAUGCCCUCGUGUCAAGGCUGCACUUCGAGAACAAGGCGUUCCAGGGCACCAACCUGUCCAUGGACAGUGCUUUCAGCAUGUUCUGCGAGGGCUUCUCGCCCUAUGGCCCCUUCUGGGACCACUGCCUCGGGUACUGGAGGGAGAGUGUAACAAGGCCCGACAGCGUUCUUUUCUUGAAGUAUGAGGAGAUCAAGUCCGAUCCGGUGAACACCGUGAGGAAGCUGGCGAAGUUCCUCGGCGUCCCGCUGACUGAGGAGGAGGAGAGGUCCGGCGUUGCUCAGGAGGUGGUGAGGCUGUGCAGCUUUGAGGCACUUACCAACCUGCAAGUCAAUCAGGUCGGCCGCGUACGCCUCGGUGAUAACAUUUUCAUGAGUAACUCUGUGUUUUACAGAAAAGGAGAAGUUGGGGACUGGGCAAACCACAUGAGCCACGAGAUGGGGGACAAGUUGGACCGCAUCGUCCAACAAAAGCUUGAAGGAUCUGGGCUUCCAGCCUCAACAUCCCCUCCUGCAAGGAAAGUAGCCAUCCUCACCUCCCCUCCCACCUCAGCCAUGGCUGCUCAACCAGUAGUAGGUCCACUGAUGAUGAGUGAUCCGGAGAGUGCUACUACCAAGAGUUCAACAACACAAGAAGAAGAUGUCCUACCCAAAAAUUUGGUAGCCACACUUCCAGCUAGAGAAGGGUGGUCUGAACCGCUCGUUCAAUACCACAACUACUGGUUCAGACCGGGGCACCUCGAGCGGAUCCUGCUCGUGAAGCAGGCCUUCGUGCCCCGCGCCGACGACAUCAUCCUCGCCACGCAGCCCAAAUGCGGCACCACCUGGCUCAAAGCCCUCGCCUUCACCAUUACCAACCGAUCCCGCUACGGCUUCAUCGACCACCCGCUCCUCACACACCACCCUCAGCAUCUCGUGCCGUUCAUCCAGAUCCCUUGUGCCGGCACGGGCCACACUAACAUCGACCCCUUUGGGUUCCCGAGGCUUCUCGCCACGCACACGCCCAUGUCGUUGCUCCCGCCAGGCAUGAGAUCACUUGGUUGCCGAGUCGUGUACCUGUGCCGGGACCCCAAGGACGCUCUUGUCUCAAGGCUGCACUUCGAGAACAAGGCGUUUCCGGGCACCGACCUAUCCAUGGACAGAUGUUUCAGCAUGUUCUGCAAGGGGUUCUCGCCUUAUGGCCCCUUCUGGGAUCACUGCCUCGAGUACUGGAGGGAGAGCAUGGCAAGGCCGGACAGCGUCCUCUUCCUUAAGUACGAAGAGAUCAAGUCUGAUCCAACGCAGGUUGUGAGGAAGCUGGCGAAAUUCCUCGGCGUCCCACUGACCGAGGAGGAGGAGAGGUCCGGUGUUGCUCAGGAGGUGGUGAGGCUGUGCAGCUUUGAGGCACUUACCAGCUUGCAAGUCAAUCAGGUCGGCCGCGUUCAUUUCAGUGAUAACAUUGUCAUGAGUAACUCUGUGUUUUACAGAAAAGGAGAAGUAGGGGACUGGGUAAACCACAUGAGCCAGGAGAUGGGGGAGGAGUUGGACUGCAUCUCGCCGAUCGUCAGCCCAAACCUCAAGCUUCCUAUUAACAAACUGAUCAGCCUCUUCCGGCACCAACCUUCAAGGGAGUACUGUGUCUUGUACUGGAGAAACCUCCCUUAUGCAUUGUCCAACCUCCCUUGGCAUGUGAUGCCAUGCGCACACGAGUACCGCGUCCUCACCGUGGGAACCAACAAAUCGCGGCGCGUCGACUGUCCGUUAAUGGAGGUGAUAGCCGAGAGACCAGCCAUCUUUGGCGUGCCGGUCCUUCUCAAUGGCAACCUUUGCAUACACUGGAGGAGACCGUCAGGUGUCUGCUCCCACAAGAUACUGGUGUUUGACACGAUGGUGGAGAUGUUCCGGCAAAUGAUCCCGCCGUCUGUGAACCCCCACCAUGUCAUGCACUUGCUUGACAUGGGUGGCAAGCUUGCUGUGUCCAUCAGCAAGGACGAUACGAUGGUGAUGAGCAUAUUCAUACUGAAGAAUGAUGAUGUUUGGUCAUUCCAGUACUGGAUUGUGAUGGAUCUCGAGAAGCGUUUUUAG